AUUAUUCUCGUUCUUGCUAGUUUAUUCUCUCUAGCAUCAUCGUCAAAAGGAGAAAAUUCGGAUGCACUUCUCCAUUCCACAGUAACGAUUUCAGACGUACAGCAAUGUGAGGCCGUACGACGUCUAAGCACAAUCAAGGAAGAUGUGGAGGCUGGCGAGUCUCCCAUCAUGCGUCGAGUGUUUGCUGUCCUCUUCCCGUUUGAAAGCGCUGGGUGGAACUCUGUCCUUGGGACAUUCUACAUUAGCUCUGUUCCAAACUUUAUUUUAGCUGUGAUACCUUCACAGAUUCAUCCGGAUACCCUCAACACUAUGACUGCAUUUGCUACCGGUGGAUUACUGUCGGAUGUCUUUCUGCAUCUUGUUCCGCAUUCCUUCAUGGGCGAGCAUCAGGAGCCUGGCGCUCAUUUCGUCAUGGUUGAAGAAAAACGAAAUAUACUCGUUGGGCUAGGUAUCUUUGCCGGCUUCGCUGCAUUCUUCGUUAUGGAAAAGACACUUAGAGUGCUUGCUGGCGAAGGUGAAGGGGGACACUCGCAUUCUCACUCACAUUCCCAUGCCAAUCCGGACGUGAUCAACGGCGAGAGCUCAGGUGUCUCUCCGGCAAAUAAAGAAGGUCUCCGAUCACGCUCAGAACGGGCGAAGGUCUCAAAUGGGAACGCAGAACAUAAGCACGAAGACAACGUUCAAGGCCAUAAAGCCUCCGGACCAUCUAAGCUUUCUGCCUAUCUAAACUUGUUUGGCGACUUUGUUCAUAACAUCACCGAUGGGCUUGCCAUGGCCGCGUCGUUUUACUCAUCUCCGCUAAUUGGAGCAACAACGACGCUUGCUUGCUUCGCGCAUGAGAUCCCACACGAAAUUGCGGACUACUCUAUCCUUGUUCGCUCUGGCUUUUCCAAACGCCAGGCGAUGCAGAGCCAAUAUCUGACUGCUGUUGGAGCAUUUGUGAGCACGUUCAUGGGUAUCGCGAUACACAACCUGUCGGCAACGAGCGGUGAAGGUCAUGAGGUAUCCUCUUCGGUUAACCUCGCCGCUGCGGUAAGGCAGACUGCUCAAGGUCUAUUGGGGACAACUGUGCAACUAGCGGAUCUUGUAAUUCCGUUCGUAGCCGGCGGAUUUAUGUAUAUUGGAGCAGUGGCGGUUCUGCCCACGCUCUUAGAAGAGAGUAAAAGCGUCAAACAGGCGUUACGUGAGUUUGCGGCCAUGGCAUUUGGGGUGACUUGCAUGUUUCUAGUUGCGUGGAACGAAUGAGCGCUGUAACGAGUGAUAGGAGGAGAGCAGGGAUCCCGCAGAUGUCGAUAGAAAUACUAAUACAGAUAGCUUGAGCAGCAACGACACAGUGUUGAGUGGUCGGAGUUAUGCUGGUUGAUUAUUAUAAUAUUAUUCGAAUUUAC